CGAUUGGCUAGCUGUCACCUCGAGGCCCGCCUCCCCUCGCUCCGCCCUCAGAGGAAGAUGAGGAACCCGGAGCUCGGACUGCGAAAUCAUGGCAACGUUCAUGGAGCGGUUCGCUUUCCUCCAGAAAGUGCCCACCCUGAUGAAGGCUACAGCAGAUGAUGAAAACCCCUGUCCUGGCUACUUGUUCCAGGAGAUUGGAAAAAUCUCCCAUGAAUCUUCAGGUUGUGGUCAGUGUUUGUUGGAGUACCUUUUGGAGAGGCUGCAAGCUGAGUCCUGUCACGUCAAAUUAAAGGUGCUGAAGAUCUUUGUCCAUCUCUGCAGCCAUGGUUCAAACCAUUUCCUCACAGAACUUAGAAGGAACUCCACCUUCAUCCAGCAAGCGUCAGUUUAUAGUGGCCCACCUGAUCCCAUUCAUGGCACAGCAUUGUACCAGAAAGUGAGGAAUACAGCACAGGAAGUGGCCAGGUUGCUUUUCACAGAUGCAAUGUUAAACAAGAGCAGCGUCUCUCCACUCAACCUAGGCUCCACAACGAUGGGUAUGGGCUCUGACCACAGGUCAGGAAUGCAGGGCUUUGGUUACAGUCCAGGGAAGCAGGGGACAGGCAGUGACUCACUAUUGGAUAAGAUCCAGAAAGCUGCAGAGGUAGUGGCCAGUGCUGUCCUUCCACCGACUGAACACCAGGGCAUCCGUCUCCAAGACAACCAUUAUAGGGCCGUAGUGGCGCCGUCUGCACCCAUAGAGGUUGCAGUGCCUGCAUGUGCCUAUAACCUGCCUGCUCACAAACCGAAAGCAGUGACCCAGCGGUGCCCGGGGAAGGUAGGAGGCGGCUGGGAAGAGACCGACAGCGGCAACAGCUCCUCUCACAACUCCUCUCAGGACAUCGCAGCCAACAGCAGGGCCUCAGUGGGCAGCAAGUCAGCGGGGACCGGGAGCCAAUCGGGGGCCAGUAGAGAGAGCAGUGGGGACCUAUCAGAACGGGUUGAUGCUUUGCAGUUGGGGGACUGUGGCCAGGAGGUGGCCCUCAUCAGCAGGCUGACUGAAGGAUCCAGAGUGUUCCUGUCCAGAGAGGAGAACCAGCACUUCAUCAAAGAAUGCUCCAUUCUUAACUGUGAGGUUGUGGUGGAGUUGCUCUCAAGCAAACUUCAAGAUCCCUCAAACACUGUUAAGAUGAGGGCUCUGUGUGCUAUCGCAUGCCUCAUGACCUCUGACCUCCUCUCUCUGGAGCAAAUGUUUGGAGCCACACAAAGGAGACUUCGCCAGCUGAGUGAGGGGCCCCCAGGGCCUGUGUCAAACAAAGCCACCAAGAUUUUGCGACAGUUUGAAGCUCUGACAGGUGGAUCUUUGAACACUCCCAAGCAGGAUACAGCAAACGGCAGCCACCAGGCUACAAGUAAUCAGCCUCACACAUCUUCAUACUCAGACCCUUUACUACCGUCUUGCUCUGCUGACAGCACCAACCUCAACCAUCAUCAGCCUGACGUCGCACCCAUAGAUGCCACUCAGCUACCAGAUCACCCAUCUUCCCCUUCUAGUCUGACUUUGGCACAGAAACACUCAGCAGACCUGAUGAAUGACGAUGAUGAGGUGAAACUUUCUUCCAUUCAGCCAGAGCCUAUCAGGACUGCUGACGUUGCACUGGCUGUUGGUGAUCCAGAGCUUACCAGAGACAGAGGUUCCUCCCCUCUCUGUGAGCCGCAGGGCGAGCAGCUCUGUCUAAGCAGAGUGUCUCUGUUCAGUGGAAUGGAGCUGGUGACCAGGGGGAGGCCGCUGUGCGAGAGGGAAAGAGAAGCGUCCCAGACUGACACGGACAGAAAGGAGGAUGGCUUAAAGCAGAAUGCAGCUGUGUAUAGGUCUGACGAUGCAGAACAUUCAACUCAUCCUGUCACCAGUAAAAACAGCAAGAGUUCUCCUUCAUUUUGCAACUCGGCUGCAUCCGAUAGCAGCCAGCCAGUAUCUGCCUUCUCAUUUCUCAAAUUUUGACCAACAACUGCUGCUGGAACUGUUCGACCUAAACCAAUGAUGUCAUCACAUAUAUAUAUAUAUCAUUUUAGGAAAUUUAUUUAAUUAAAAACAAGCUCAGAUCUGCAAGGUUAUACUGUAGAGGCAGCAGAUUCAUAUUAUGUCCAAGUUGUCUAUUCAUAUAUGUGGGGUGCCUCUGUGGAAGCUGGACUUAGAGGACCAGCGUGUGGGAUUUAUGCCGAGUUCACACUACAUGAUUUUAACCCGAUUUUCCACUCGAUGGAUGUUUUGAGGCUCUGGUGUAGACAGAAUUGAUUUCAGUGCCAAGACUCUGUCAUCCGUUCGCUGUACACUGUUUACAGUUGGACUAGUUUCUAAUGUCACACAAAUGUUUCUCCACCCAAAACACAAACAGUGACUCUUCUAGUAGCUGCUUUAGGUCCAGACAACAUUUUGGCUCAUCUUUAUUCACAGCUAUCUGCAUAUGAAUCCAGAUAAACUAAAAAGCUGAUUGCUGAUGCAUUUUGGUUCAUGUUUUCUGCGUGUAUUGCUCUCCACAUUAACUGUUUACCUGCAGACAAGGCGGGUGAAGAUUGCGUAGUGUGUGACCCCGUCGCCAGUCAAUCAUGUAGUAUGAACUGCACAGUGAUUCGUAGUCUGAACUUUGCAUGAGAGCCUUUUUAGCAGUGAGGUUGCACAUUGUGAUCAACUCAACCCCUCCCCCCUCCCCUUCUAAAAAUGUAGGAGAACCUGCAUUGGCCUUCAGUUUGCAUAAAAUACAAAACGUCCUCCUCAGAGCCAGUGUUUGAUUUGUCCCUUCUGGGCUACUGGAGAAACAAUGUAAUUCAAUAUGAAAGGAGGAACUGCCUCUCAUUUCGAUGUGACUGGCUCAUUUUAAGUGAACAAAAACAUGAGUUACUAACUGAAAACAGGUUAUGAAUAUUAUAUUUCAUUUAUACAAUUUGUGCUAACGUAUUGCUUUGAAUCCCACACACUGCACCUAUGAGCAGCAGAUUGGGUGAGAGACAGAUUCAAGACUCUGAACUGUGGUCAUUGAGGGAUGAAGUUGAAUUUCUCAAAAAUGUUUCACGAGUAUGGUUGUCUUGAAUUACAGGUUCUAACUGAUGGUUGCUUUAUCUCAGGAUUUAUUUUAGGUAACAACUCUUACACCUCCGCAGCAGCCCCUGAACCUCUGAGGGACAAUCCCUUGAUUUGUAAUUUGCACUACAGUUGCUUUUUUUAAUGAUCUCAUGAAACUACGAAGCAGAGUCGUCUUCCAUAUUUCUUUGGUACUAAGCUAUCAGUAUUGUGUUAAGUUUACAAGUUAAGUCAUUCUACCCUGUAUUGAUUGAAACAUACCAAUGAGAAUAGAGUGCAUGUCUUUAAUGAAAAAACUGAGUGUGGAGAACUAACAUGGACGAUUUUGCUGACAUUAUCUGUGUGCAAUAACCAAUGUGCUAAACAUCUGCAAUCAGCAUAAUGAAAAAUAUCUUCAACUUAACAGUCACUUCUAAAUAUAAUGUAAACUGCAUCCACUAUGGUUAUUUCAGUGACACAUUAUAAUGUGGCAUUUAGUACAAACGACAUACCAUAAUGGAAACCUACUGGUACAUAGUGAAAGCUACUGUACCGUUACUGCUACAGUCACUUUGUUUCAGUGAGCCACGCUGUUGCACAGGUUGAAGAAUAAAACAUGCUGUUUUUUGUUACAGCAACAACUACA